AUGGCAUCCCCUUUUCGACCCGCGGACCCAGCAGAGAAACUACCAGCCUACUAUGAGGACAUAGAAGACGACAACAUUCAGCACUGCUUCCGUGACUUUGACGUAGAACGCAACUUUGAUCUCUUCGACAGGCAGACACGAGACCCCAAUAGUAAUAACUUUUGCCUGGACUUUGGCGAAGAUUUCGCUUACUGUGCUUUCGACCUCGAUUCGCAAUCAUACGACAAGUUGCUCAAUGUGCCGCGGCCAACCGAACUGCACACCCGAUGGAUCAAUAUAUGGAUGCCUUACAACCAGAAGGCUUUGAUCCGUACCUUGGCUGCACACUUCGACUUCACCCCACGGCUGAUGGGUAUGAUGAAGAGCGAUCCGGUGCCCAGCAACGAUUCAUCACUGCAAACCAAUAAGAGCUCCUCAACCUUGAGGUCGAUCUUAUCGCACAAAUCACGCACGCCUGGCAAGGCCAACGCAAUGAAAGAGAGGGUGAAAGAGGCGAAUGAAGCAGAGCACGAUUCGGAGUCGAGCAUCGGCAUGACAGAGCUGAUGGAGUCCACACAGUUGGAAAUGGUACGAGAUAUGGGCCACUACCAACUGGUAGACGACGUUUGGCACUGGAGUACUGUGGAUCAGGGCCGAAGAUACAUGUGUAUCGGCUACAACUCAUUACACAACGUACGAACUAAGAGAACCGGUGAACACCCGGAGACGACCGAUAGAAGCCGUGAUAUACCUCAUGGCAAACGUGUGUGGAACUGGCUUCUUCUCUGUGAGGACAAAACUGUCAUUUCCAUCUCCGAAGAUCCAUUCCCGUUUGCUAAUGGCCCACUGAACGCGAGUGACCUAAGGACGUUGUUUACUACCCGGCGGAACCUGGUAAAUGUUUUCAGGCAGUUGACAAAGGCACCGACGCCGCUUAGGGAUGCGGCGCUGGUUCAAUUGCCUCUUCGUAAACGCGUUGGCAGCAGCGACGAGGAGACUGCCCACCGUCCUACAGAUGCUCCAGGAUUACUGUUCUACUACCUGUUCGAAGAUUGGGGUGCCACAUUCGACCUUAUCUCUCGUCGCGAACAGGGCUACCAACUCAUCAUCGAGCGCGUUCUCAAGAAGCAAGAAGCUACACUGGCGUCGCUGAAGAACUCGCGCGUCAUGUCUGGCAACGAAUCACUCAUAUCAUCACAUCCGGUGUUUGAUUCGGCAGGUCCGAUGAUGCCAGAAGCCGACAGUCUCCUCGGUGUGGCACUCAGCUCAGCUGCGCGUGUCCGGUUCGAACGCCUUAAAGACCGCAUUCUCCUUUACGCACUCAGCGAGAUCCAGGAAUGCCUCGACCAAAAGGAAUCACUCGUCAUGAUGAACUUCAAUCUUAUCGCCAUCAAAGAGUCGUACAGCGUAGAACGCCUUACGUGGGUGACGCUCCUCUUGGCCAAGAUUACGAUUCUCUUCACGCCUGUCACGCUUCUUACGGGGUACUUCAGCAUCCAAUUCAAGAACACGGAGUUUGAAAUGGUCAGUUAUUGGAGGUCGUUUGGUUACAUUUUCGGAGCCAGUCUGGCGUUGCUGGUCGUGUUCAGUUUAAUGAGCGGGACGUUUGAGGGGAAGAUUAUCACGAGGAGUUGGACACGGGCUUGCUAUGAUAUCAGUCGGAGGUGGCUGGCGCAUCGGAAGAAGAGGAGUGAAAUGCUCUGA